CUCGUCGCUUCCUUCCGAACCGCCUCCCUCAGCUCCACUCUCUCGUCGCCGGAGGCCAGAGGGACUAGCCGGCCGCCUCCUCCUCCCCUGCCUGCCCCGAUGGCUCAGACAGUCGGCCAGCGUCUCGGAGGCUACGCGGAGGAGUUGGAGAAUCUUCUCCAGACCCUGGGAGGCUACGAGCACCCGAGGUACCGUUCCCGGCGCGACGAGACCGACGGGAUCCAAGCGGGAGUCGUCACCCAGCUGCGACUCCGGUCAGUGCAGCAGCACCACCCCCGGCGCCGGGCCAACAUCCACUUGGCGAUUCGCCGCUGCUCUUUUGAGAUGGGUGUGCAAGACCUGGCACGCCGUGCCCUGCUCCGGCUCUGUGCCACCCACUCCGACUACCUUCGCGAGACAGAGUACCGCUACUUCCUCUACGCCUGCGUCCCCGACACUGCACCGGAUCACGGGGAGAUGGCUGAGGGAGAAGGAGCCGCCAUGCGCGCCCUUGGAAGGCUUGCUCGAGCCCAGUGCCGCGUCGCCGAGUCUGUAGCUGAGGAGCUCACUGACGUCUACGGCCGCCUUGACGACGCGCAGCGGCGCAUUGUGGAGUUGGAGGAGCGCCUUCACGGCGACGCACCGCCACCAGUUCCAGAGACGAUACCGGUGGUUAAGAAUUCUGAGAAUCCAACAAUGGAGGACCAGCCUGCACCUGCUCUAUCCCUGGCGCCGGCCCCAGCACCGGCGGCAACCGGCAUCUCUAGCUUCGCCCCUGCCGCCCUGUUUCGCACCCCUGCUCCUGGCAACUGCGGAUGGCUCGACGAUUGAUGCCUCCGUGUCGCGUUUAUGCGUGUCUGCCUCCAUGAUUUGAUCGUGAUAGGGCCUUAGGCCUGGUUAUUUUAUUAUUAAUUAUCAGACUGAGCGUUACUGUGUUUGUACUGAGGUACGGAAACACUUAUGGUAAUCUGUCCGUACCCUGUACAUGGAUGUUCGUUGUGAUAUGUUUGGUGAACCUUUGUCAUUUUAGUGUCUAGCAGAAGCAGCCAUGCUCCGUAAAAGAAUUUGUUAAA